UGGAGUGCGUGCUUGUUGCCAUGGUCAUCCACAGCGAGAGCCAAUCGCAAGCAUCCGCUGUGAACUUAUUAAUAUUAAUGAGACGCAGCGGCGUGACCGGAGAUACUCCACUGCGCAUGCCCAGCCCCGCGCCACUGCUGCUUCCAACAACAAGCGGUAGUAAGCAAUAUGGCCGACCUAGGGAAGAAGUACUGCGUGAACUGUCUUGCAGAUGUUACGAAUUUGCGGAUUCGCUGUGCCGAAUGCCAAGAUAUUGAACUCUGUCCGGAGUGCUUCUCUGCAGGUGCUGAAAUCGGCAACCAUAGGCGAUGGCACGGCUAUCAGCAAGUUGACGGCGGGCGCUUCUCGCUCUGGGGUCCCGAGGCAGAGGGAGGAUGGACCAGCAGGGAAGAGCAGUCGCUGCUCGAUGCCAUCGAGCAAUAUGGAUUUGGUAACUGGGAGGAUAUGGCAGCCCACGUGGGUGCCUCACGCACCCCUCAGGAGGUCAUGGACCAUUAUGUGAGCAUGUAUAUCCAUGGGAAUCUGGGCAAAGCCUGCAUCCCUGACAGCAUCCCCAACCGUGUGACAGACCACACCUGUCCCAGUGGAGGUCCGCUGUCUCCUAGUUUGACUACCCCUUUGCCUCCUCUAGACAUAUCUGUGGCAGAGCAGCAACAGCUUGGAUAUAUGCCGCUCCGUGAUGACUACGAGAUCGAAUACGACCAAGAGGCAGAGAAACUCAUCAGUGGCCUGUCUGUGAACUACGACGAUGAAGAUAUCGAGAUCGAGAUGAAACGAGCCCAUGUGGACAUGUACGUGCGGAAGCUGCGUGAGCGCCAGCGACGGAAAAACAUCGCUCGUGAUUACAAUUUAGUGCCAGCCUUUCUGGGACGGGACAAAAAGGAUAAAGAGCGAGAACGACCAGGUGGAACAGGAGGGGUUGGGGGCGUAGGUGGAGCUGUAGGAUUGGGAGGUGGUACCUCCAUUAUUCCGACAGGGUCACUGGGCUCCUCUUCAACCGCAACGCCAAAACGCAAAAUCACCAAGGAAGAGAAAGAGCAACGGACAAAACUCCGUGCACUCUGCCAGUUCAUGCCACAACGUGAGUUUGAAGAAUUCUUUGAUAACAUACACAAAGAGCGCAUGCUGCGGGUGAAAGUUCGGGAGCUUCAGCGUUAUCGGCGGAAUGGCAUCACAAGACUCGACGAGUCGGCCGAGUAUGAGGCAGCACGCCACAAACGGGAAAAACGGAAAGAAAAUAAAAGCAUUGCUGGCUCAAAGAGAGGUAGCAGUGGUGGAGGAGGAGCGACCGGGUUUGGAGGAGGAGUUGGAGCAGGAGGUGGGCUUGGAGGAGGUGGAGGAGUCAGUGCCAUCAAAGAGGAAGGGAAGGACAGUGAGUUCUCCGCCAUUGAGAAACUGUCUGGCUUUGAGCUGCUUUCUGAUCGGGAAAAGGUACUGUGCAACUCUAUGAACCUAAGUCCCACACGCUAUCUGACUGUCAAGACUAUCAUCAUCAAAGAUCACUUACAGAAAAGGCAGGGCAUUCCCUCGAAAAGCCGCCUACCCAGCUACCUGGACAAGAUGCUGAAAAAACGGAUUCUGAAUUUCCUGUCGGAGAGCGGCUGGAUAUCCCGAGAAGCCUCGUAACCACACUGUCCAAAGAUUUGGCUGUAAGAAUAAUGACUGUAAACAUAUUUUUCUACCGUUUUAUAUUGCAUCUCAGAAAAGCCUGUGAAAACAAAAUGACUGUAGGUGCCACACUACUGGAUGUGGGCCUUCAGUCAGUCUAACAUGUCUGUUUUCGGUCUCAGAUCUUCUCAUAGGAACAUAAACAUGGUUAUAGAAGGUACUAAAUCAGUAACAAUAGGAAACUUUCCAUAAGUUGUCCUUUGUAAUAUGUCAGAGUAUACAACAAUAACCCAUUGCCCCACGUUAAAAUGCCUGUUGAAUGUUUCCUGCCAAUAGAGAAUGAAUAGAGUGUUUAAUGUUGGACAGAGCAGAUCUUUAAAAUGGGUUCAGUGUUUCUUGUUUGGUAAUAAGGAAACUAGGUCAGGUUGCCAAAAGUCUAACGUACUUGUGUUCUAACCUGAAUUUGCCGGUUUCAGUUGGAUUUAUUUGGUUUUGUCAAUUGUGGGAAUGUUGAGUCACAUGAGGCAUGCUCCAUACUAUCUAAAUGUCUGAAGUUCAUGUUUGAUGAUUAUUAUUUGUUGGAGUUGACCUUUGUGAGGUUAUGUUACAUUGAGCAUGUUUCAGAGGCUCAAGUUAAAUGGCGAAUACCCCGAUUAUAUAAAGUAUUAGUUUGAUAUCAUUCUUAUUUGUUGGGUAAUGGGAGGGAAAAAAAGUCAACACAGCAUCAAGGGUUCUCAUGUCAACAUGUUCACAGUUUAUAAGCUGAGACUGUAUGUUAUAAAUGCAUACUACAGUUUUUUAAUUUUCAAAUGACAAAAAUCUUCAUGCAAUACCAAAUCUUAGAUUACAACGGAGACAUAUUUUUCCAUGAUUUUUAAUGUUAUUAUUGACUGAUUGAGUCUACCCCAAAGCUGUAGAAGGCUAAGAAAAGCACUGUUCACAGAGGCCAAUAUAGUUUUGAAAUGUUUAAUAUAUUAAGAGUCAAAUAGAAUUGAAAGGCACAGUAUCAUUUUUUUGUUUGUUUUUGUAUACAAUAAUGGAAACAACUGUGUUAAGUGUGAAUCUGUUGUAAAGGACAAGGUGGUGGUCCUCAUCUGCUUUUAUACAAUAGUUUUUGCCCAAGAGAUUGGUACAUAUAAAGUCCCAUAAACAGUCAUUCAUUACUGAGUAUGCUUAUGUUCUGUGCCUUGAAGCAUAUUUGCCCUGGUUGAUGCUUUUUAUUCCUUUCCUUUUCCUUGAAAUUAAUAUUAUAUUUUAAUAUUAACUUGUACCACAUCAAAAAUGUACAAAGAUUAAGGUUUAUUUUAGAUGUUAUUUUGGCUUGAUUGUUUUUCUUCAGAUUUCUAUGGUAGCUGUAACUGCCCCACACAAAAAUAUUUGUUAUGACUAAAGCCAUUAAAAGGAAAUGGGCACAGUUGUGCUCGGAGAGAAACUCAUUCAAGACAUAUAUGUAGGAUAUUGGCUGUGUGACCGUUUGAUAAAAACUGGAUGUAGGCAUUAAAGAAACGGUUAUAUCUCAUGAAACUUGGUCUAAUGAAAUUAUGAAGCAAAUAUGAAGGGGUCUUUUCUUUUUCCACUGUGUUCUUUCGCUGCCUUUUUAUUUCAUUUGUAUAAAGGUGCUUACAUUUUUAGAAAGGGUUAGUUUGCAGGUUAUGCUUUAUGGUUGAAGGAAACCCGAUCACUGGUUAAAGUACCCAAGCCAUUAUUCAAGACUAGUUUAAUCAACCAACAUUACAUUGUUUUUGAGGAAAAAUUUACCAAUUAUUAGGGUAAAUAUUUACACUUUAAAAAUCAUUCAAUAUGCUAUUUUAGAGAAUAUAAAUAUUUUCACAAAGUAAAAACCAAUUUUAAAGUAAAUGUGAGCAGAGAUAUGAGAAUUACCAUGACGUCACAAAAAGACACUAUUGCAAGUUAAUUUUUAAAAACAAUGUGAAAUUUCAAAAGGUUUUUCUUUUUGCUUCAUUGUGCCAUGUAUGUCCUCUGGUAAAAUAGUCAAUUUGGGAAUUAUCAUAUUUGUCAAAAUGUUGAGUAUGUGGAAAGUAUUUUAUUGCAUAUGUCAUGUUAUUUCCUACUUUGUAUUAAAGUGUUGAAAUAUAA